AUGGUUGAUAAGUUCACUAGAGUUUCUUGCAUUCCUGGAAUGUUGAUUUUUGGUACCGCCACGGUCACCAUCCAGAAGUACGUCUUCGAGGUUAAGGCCCCUGGAAGAUACGGUGAUGUUCACGCAUUCAAGAAGCCUUGGUUCCAGACGGAGGCCAUGUUCAUUGGAAUGCUUUCCUGCCUGAUUGUCUACGAGAUUAUCAGAUGCAUGAGAAAGAUUAAGAAGAACGAUAUUGAUGAGUCUAUUCAGCAUUGGAAGCAUUACUUCUACGUCGGCGCUCCUGCCAUGUGCGAUCUUUGCGCUACUUGCUUGAUGAACAUUGGUCUGUUCUACUUGGAUGCUUCGAUCUGGCAGAUGCUCCGUGGUUCCAUGGUCAUUUUCAGUGCCCUGCUGUCCAUCAUCUUCUUGAAGAAGCGUGGAUACUACAAGGCCUACCACUGGGUUGGUAUUCUUUUGGUGGCUGUUGGUCUGGUCACUGUCUCCUUCUCCUCCUUCAUGAAGACUUCUGAGGGUGGUGAGAAGACUGCUACGGCUGCUCAGAUUGCUAUGUCUAUUGCUCUGGUGGUCGGUGCUCAGAUCAUUCAGGCUUCCCAGAUUGUCAUUGAGGAGUACCUGCUGAAGAACGUGAAGGCUGCUCCUUCUCUGAUUGUCGGUCUGGAGGGACUCUGGGGUGGUCUUGUGGGUUGCUUGGUCAUGUGGGCCGUGCACAACACCUCCACCAAGUCUGCUCUGGUGGCUGAUAUGUUCCAUGAGGAUAGCAUUGAUACCUACUACAUGCUGAAGAACUCCAAGUCCCUGGUGGUUCUGAUCAUCUUCUACAUUCUCGCCAUUCUUUUCUACAAUCUCUUCGGUAUGAUGGUUACUCAGACCUACAGUGCUGUGUACAGAACUAUUAUGGAGGCUGUUCGUACCAUGUGUAUCUGGAUUGUCAACAUUAUUAUCUACUUCUUCGAUAGCACUCACGGAGAGAAGAUUGAGUGGGCUUCUUUGGUCGAGGUUGUUGGAUUUGCCAUUCUCUUGUUCGGUAACUUCUUGUACAACAAGGUCAUUCGCCUGAAGUGCUUCUACUACGAGGAUAAGGCUGCCGAGGCCGUUCCUCUGGUGGAGAAGACUGAAGUUUAAUGGUAGU